GUGUGUGUGCCGUUUCGGAGGACAAGCCUGUGGAAGUGCCUGGAUACACACAACAUGACUAUUUUCAACCAGGAAAAUGUUGAGGAAUUUUAUGAAAUCGGAGACGAGCUGGGAAGCGGUCAGUUCGCGGUGGUCAGACGAUGCCGGCACAGGAAGACAUGCGUGGAGUACGCCGCCAAGUUCAUCAAGAAGCGGCGCAGCAAGUCGAGUCGACGGGGGGUGACGAGGGAAGACAUCGAGCGUGAGGUCAGCAUCCUGAAGGAGAUCCAGCACCCCAACAUCAUCACGCUGAACGAAGUCUUUGAGAACAAGGCCGAGGUCAUCCUGAUCCUGGAGCUUGUGGCCGGCGGUGAGCUCUUCGACUUUCUGGCAGAGAAGGAGUCGCUGAGCGAGGAGGAAGCCACUCAGUUCCUAAAGCAGAUCCUGGACGGAGUCUUCUACCUGCACUCCAAACAAAUCGCUCACUUUGACCUUAAGCCGGAGAACAUCAUGCUGCUGAGCCGCUCAGUGCCUCACCCACGAAUCAAGAUCAUUGACUUCGGCCUGGCCCACAAGAUUGAUUUUGGCAACGAUUUUAAAAACAUUUUUGGAACUCCAGAAUUUGUAGCCCCUGAAGUAGUCAACUAUGAACCUUUGGGCUUGGAGGCAGACAUGUGGAGUGUUGGUGUGAUAACAUACAUCCUUCUGAGCGGUGCGUCUCCCUUCCUGGGCGACAACAAGCAGGAGACGCUGGCCAACGUGUCUGCCGUGGACUACACGUUUGACGAGGACUUCUUCAACAACACCAGCAUCCUGGCCAAAGACUUCAUAGCAAGGCUGCUUGUCAAAGACCCAAAAAAGAGAAUGACGAUUCAGGACAGUCUUCAGCACCCCUGGAUCAAGCCAAAAGACACUCAACAAGCACUGAGCAGGAAGGAGUCGGCUGUCAACAUGGAAAAAUUCAAGAAGUUUGCAGCUCGGAGAAAAUGGAAACAAUCCGUCCGACUUAUCUCCUUAUGCAACCGCCUGUCCCGCUCCUUCCUGUCCAGAAGCAACAUAAGUGUGGCGCGGAGUGACGACACAUUGGAUGAGGAAGACUCCUUUGUGAUGAAGGCCAUCAUCCACGCCAUAAACGAUGACAACGUUCCCGGCCUGCAGCAUCUGCUCGGCUCCCUGAACAGUUACGACGUAAACCAGCCCAACAAGCACGGGACUCCCCCUCUCCUGAUUGCAGCAGGCUGUGGAAACAUUCAGAUCAUCGAGGUGCUGAUGAGAAAAGGUGCAGAGAUCCAGGCUCAUGACAAGAGUGGAGCCAACGCUAUCUACUACUCAGCAAGACAUGGCCACGUCGAGACCCUGAAAUUCCUCCAUGAAAAGAAAUGUCCUCUGGAUGUCCAAGAUAAGUCUGGGGAGACUGCUCUUCAUGUGGCGGCUCGCUACGGCAACGUGGAUGUGGUGAGCUACCUCUGCAGCAUCCGGGCCAACCCAGACCUGUCCGACAGAGAGCAGGAGACCCCGCUCCACUGUGCUGCCUGGCACGGAUACUCCACCGUAGCCCGAGCGCUCUGCCAGGCUGGCUGCCACGCGGACGCAAAGAACCGUGAGGGGGAGAGUCCACUGCUUACUGCGUCUGCUCGGGGCUUCGUUGACAUUGUGGAGUGCCUGGUGGAGCAUGGGGCCAAUCUGGAAGCAACUGACAAGGACGGCCACACAGCCCUCCACCUGGCCGUACGAAGAUGUCAGGUUGAAGUGGUUCGCUGCCUUCUCAGACACCACUGCCACCUGGACCAACAGGAUCGCCAUGGCAACACGCCACUGCACAUCGCUUGUAAGGACGGCAACUUGCCCAUCGUCAUGGCAAUCUGCAGCGCUAAAGCAAACCUCGACCUCCCCAACAAGUACGGCCGGACUCCGCUCCACCUGGCGGCUAACAAUGGCAGCCUCGAAGUCGUCCGUCAUCUCUGCCUGGCCGGUGCAAACAUUGACGCUGUCACCAACGAUGGAAAGACAGCAGAGGAUUUGGCUUCUACUGAUCAACACGAACAUAUAGUUGGAUUGUUGUGCAAGCUCAAAAAGGACAACCACAAGCUGAACUACAUCCAGCAGCUGCGCCCCACCCAGACCGUCCAGCCCAGGAUCAAGCUGAAGCUUUUCGGAAACUCCGCCUCAGGGAAGAGCACCCUGCUGGAGUCUCUGAAAUGCGGCAUCCUGCGCAGCUUCUUCAGGAGGAGGAGGACGACACGCAUGACGAACACGGCCCGCCACCCGAACUCCCCCAUCAACUCCAAACCUGCUGUGUCUGUGAGCAUUUCCAACCUGUAUCCCGGCUGUGAGAACGUGAGCGUGAGGAGUCGCAGCAUGAUGUUUGAGCCCAGUCUGACCAAAGGCGUCCUGGAAGUCUUCUCUCCCGUCCACAACGCUCUGUCCGCAGCUGACGAACAGGCCACGAAGGCCGUCGACAUCCAGCAUGCCAGCAUCCACGGAGUUGGAGAUUUCAGCGUGUGGGAGUUUUCGGGGAAUCCAGUUUAUUACUGCUCCUAUGAUUAUUUUGCUGCCAACGACGUGACGGCGAUCCACGUGGUCCUGUUCAGCCUGGAGGAGCCGUACGAGACCCAGCUGGGCCACAUCACCUACUGGCUCAACCUGCUGAAGGCCCUCACGCUGCCACAGGACAACAUCGCUUUCGGGGGUCGAAUCCAGCAGCCUCUUAUCGUCGUCCUGGUAGCGACACACGCUGACCUCGCCGACGUGCCCCGAGCUUUCUCUGGAGAAUUCUGCUACGACAAGGAGAGAGCGCUGCUUAAGGAAGUCAGGAACAGGUUCGGAAAUGACCUGCAGGUCAGCGACAAACUGUUUGUUAUGGACGCUGGAGCUUCAAACUCCAGAGACAUGAAGCUGCUGAGGAUUCAUCUUCAAGAACUUCGCACCAACAUCAUCUCUAGGUGUAGUCCGAUGACACUGCUGUCAGAGCGUUUGCUAACCACCCUGCCGGCCUGGAGGAAGCUGAGCGGACCCAACCAGCUGACGUCAUGGCAACAGUUUGUCAGUGACGUUCAGGAGCACAUCAAUCCACUGGUCAGCCAGGAUCACCUCCGCACGCUGGCCCAGCAGCUUCACAGCAUGGGGGAGAUCAACAUCAUGCAGAGCGAGACCGUGCAGGAUGUGGUUCUGCUGGAGCCUCGCUGGCUCUGCAGCAACGUCCUCGGCAAGCUGCUGUCCGUGGAGACGCCCAAGGCCAUCCACCACUACAGGGGGCGCUACAGGCUGGAGGAGGUGCAAGCACUGGCACCCGAAAGUGACGUGGAUGAGCUGCUGCAGAUUCUGGAUGCCAUGGACGUCUGCGCCCGUGACGCCACCAACCCCUCCAUGGUCGACGUCCCCGCCCUCAUCAAGACUAACGGCCUCCACCGCUCCUGGACCGAAGAGGAAGAGGAAGAAUCGCUGAUCUACGGAGGGGUCCGACUCGUCCCUGCAGAGCACCUUACCCCCUUCCCCUGUGGCUUGUUCCACAAGCUGCAGGUGAACCUGUGUCGCUGGAGUCACCAGCAGAAGCCCGAGGAGGAAGGUGGAGAGGACAUCGACGGAGAUAUCCACCUGUGGACCAACGGAGCCAAGGUGAGCCAGGCGGCGGUCGAGGCCAUGAUCCUGCUGGUGAACCACGGCCAAGGGGUGGAGAUUCAGGUGCGUGGUCACGAGUCAGAGCGGGCCAAGUGCUACACUCUCUUGGACACCAUCUGUAGUAUAACGGAGAACCUGCUGGCCUCCACACUCCCCGGACUGCUCACAGCCAAAUACUACCUGAGUCCUCAGCAGCUGCGGGAACAUCACGCCCCCAUCAUGAUCUACCAACCCAAAGAUUUCUUACGGGCCCAAGUCCAGCGGGAAACCUCGCUCACCAACACCAUGGGCGGCUACCGGGAGAGCUUCAGCAGCAUCCUGGUGUUCGGUUGCGCUGAGGUUUACCAGCAGGGGAGUCUGGGGACGGACAUCCACAUAUCAGACGUCCCCCUGCUGGCUCGUAGGAAGCUCUGCCGCAUGCUGGACCCUCCGGACGCUCUGGGGAAAGACUGGUGCCUGCUGGCCAUGAAUCUCGGACUCACAGACUUAGUGGCCAAAUACAGCAACGGGACUCCCAACGGCACCCCUGAGCUGGACUCAGGCCCGGACUCCCAGCAGGCCACGCAGCAGCCCAGCCCGACAGCGGCGCUGCUGCAGGAGUGGAGCGGGCGACCCGACAGCACGGUGGGCGUCCUGAUGGCCAAGCUGAGGGAGCUCGGCCGCCGAGACGCUGCGGACUUCCUGCUCAAAGCUUCUCCUGUUUUCAGAGUCAACAUGGAGGCGGUGGUGGGGGCUGCCAACAGCUAUCCGCCCACCUGCAACGGAGGCACGUCGUACAACUCCAUCAGCUCCGUCAUUUCCCGUUGAACUAAACCG